UGUAUUGUAUUCUUCUCUAGGUUCUGGAGAACUGUAUGAAGGACUGUGGGAAAAGGUUUCACAGUGAAGUGGGCAAAUUCCGUUUUCUCAAUGAACUCAUCAAAGUAGUUUCUCCAAAGUACCUGGGCUCACGGUCACCUGAGCCGGUAAAAAAUAAGGUUCUGGAGUUGAUCUUCAGUUGGACUCUGGGUUUACCUGAUGAGGCCAAGAUCACAGACGCUUACCAGAUGCUGAAGAAACAAGGUAUUAUUAAACAAGACCCCGAGCUGCCGCCUGACAAACUCCUGAACCUUCCUCCUCCCAGACCCAAGAAUGCGAUUUUUGAGGACGAGGAGAAGUCAAAAACGCUGUCUCGCCUGUUGAACAGCUCGCACCCCGAUGACCUAAAAGCUGCCAACAAACUCAUCAAGGAGAUGGUCCAAGAG